AUGGCGCUCAUAUCCGCCAAAACGAUCCUGACUUCGCUGUCCCUCUUCCACAUCACCUUGGCCUUCUUCUUCUUCACGAACCCGGAGUCCAUCGCGGAUCAGGCACUGGUUUACGUCUUGGGUGAAGCUAUGGGCAUGCCCCAAACAACCGCCUUCAACACCCCCACCCCAACAACCUCCUUCCUCUCCAUCGCCCUCCUCGUGUUGGGCCUCAGCGAUAUCCUAUCCCUCUCGAUGCCCGAAGAAAUCUGGCUAGUCCACUACUGGGGCAGCCAGACGCCCCUUCGUGUCAUCCUCUUCUCCAUCCUGACCAUUUUCACCUUCCUGACGUCCGGCUCAUCUAAACGAGGCGGGGGCCGCAUGUCGCACCCCGUUGCACCCUCAGGCCUAGGUCUUGCGGCUGGAGGAGGCUGGGGCGGAUUGAGAAAUAGAGUAUUCUUCACGUUUGCGUUCUUUGAGAUGCUUAGUUGGUUUUGGGUUUGGGUUACGCUGAGGGAAGAGGCCGGACGGUUCACGCAGAGGAAGAGGAGGAGAAGUUCCGCAGCUGCGGAGAGGUAUUAG